CGACUCAAUCGGGGGGGCCACGUGAGAUAUGUAUUAUCCCCUGCCACAAAAAAGCGACUCGAUAUUACUCAAGUUGAGCAUGGAUCGCAGCAGCCGCGGGUGAUUUCCGCGCGUCCAUUGGAGGCGCUGUUCGGCGAGCACAUGGAGUGGCGCACUCCACCGAUCCCCAAGCGUGUGCAUCCCUCGCGACAAAUGACCGUUCCACUGCGAUCUUCUAGUGCUGAGGCUGGGCAUGGCAUGCGCGCAGCCUUGGCAUGCUGGAAAGAUGGGACAACGGAGCUGAUAUUGAGAAUCUCCG